AUGGAUAUUGAAUACAAUGAAAAUCGUCCAUGUAAACAUUAUUUACGUGGCUGUUCAAUCCAAUCUCCAUGUUGUAAACUCUGGUACGGUUGUCGUUUAUGCCAUAAUGAGUUAUACAACGGCCCUAAAGGACCAGGUUGCUUAGUUGAAGUAAUGGACAGACACAAUAUAUCCUUAGUGAGAUGCAAUAAGUGUAAAUUUGAAUAAAAACCGCAAUAAAUAUGUGAAAACUGCUAACACGUACUUGGCAAAUAUUACUGUGAUAAUUGUAAAUUUUUUGAUAGCGAUCCUAAGAAGAAUAUAUAUCAUUGCGAAUUUUGCAAAAUGUGCCGCAUAGGAAUAAAAGAAGACAAUUUUCACUGCCAAAAAUGCAAUGUGUGCCUCCCUAAGGCUAUUUUAGAUACACAUAAAUGUACUUAGGAUGGCUCUGAUUCUACUUGUCCUGUUUAGGUUAUAUGUAACAUAGUAUAUAAUAAUACCCCUUAGCUCUUUAUUAAAGAUUUAAGAAAUUCCCAUAUGCAGUAUAUCUAUUAAAAAGAUACUAAACUAAUGUUAGAGAUCUUAAUAUGUCUUGAAAAGAGGAAUUUUGAUAAAUAUAGAUAUUUAAAUGGUUUUAACGCUCAUGAAUUUAGAUGCAUAAACAAUAAAUGGUGAAUUAUUCUUUUUUAAAUACUAAUUUGUAACUAAUUUUGGAAAAAGAUGAACAACUAUAGAUAUUAUAGGCCCAAUAAUACUAAAAUAUGGUUUUAUAGACACUAUACUUUUACAAAAAUUGUUCUUUUGUUUUAAAUAAAUAUCAAACUUACUAAUGA